AUGGCCUCCUUCCAGAUCUUAUCCGAUUUACAUCUCGAACACAACAACUACUCAAACUAUCACAUUGUACCAACAGCGCCAUAUCUGGCUUUGAUCGGCGAUAUCGGAUGUGUUAGAGAUCCCGGCUUCAUUGGCUUUCUCAGAAACUUGCUGGACCAAUUUGAAAUCGUCUUCUAUGUCCUCGGGAAUCACGAGCCUUAUGGCUCCAGCUGGGAUAAUGCGUGGGAGGCGCUGGACAAAUUCGAAAAAGCAAUCGAAACGAACGGAAGAAAAAUCUUCAUAGCGCAGUUGGCGAUUAGCAAUGGCCUAAACGACUUCCGUGAGAUCGAUGGCUGGACAGUCGAAGAGCAUUGUCAAUUACACAAGCAAGAUCUAGCCUGGUUGAAUGACAAAGUCAACGCCAUAUCCGCCGACUCUGACCGCAAGAUUGUCAUCUUCACGCACUACAGCCCGACCGAAGAUAUCCGUGCUGUUGAACCUUGUCAUGCUCAAAGCGACAUCAAAUCUGGUUUCCAAACAGACUUGCGAAGCGAAGAUUGUUGGAAGAGCCCUAAUGUCAAGGUCUGGGCGUUCGGUCAUACGCACUUUAACUGCGACUUCGUGGAUAAGGCGACAGGGAAGCGACUCUACACCAACCAGAAGGGCUACUCGCAGGAACACUCCCCGGGCUUCACGGAAGGAGACGUGGUUCACGUGGAUUGA